UAAAAAAGUUGUCCCUGAUAUCUUAUCCAACCCGGAAGAACUGUGUUUACAGAGUAGGCUGAGAAUCGGCGAGGGAGGGAAGUGGAAGGAAGAUGGCUUCCAUGGCUCAGCAAUUCACUGGGUUGAGAUGUGCGCCUCUGUCUUCUUCGCGUCUAUCGACGCCAUUUUCUCCGAGGCAUUUGCAGAACAAGGCCCGUUCACUUCCUGUUCACGCUGCAGUUAUAUCCAGCCCCAUUCCCAGUCCACAGACCAAGGAGCGUUUCAAGCUCAAGGAGGUCUUCGAGGAUGCCUACGAACGCUGCCGCAAUGCCCCCGUCGAAGGCAUCUCCUUCACUCUCGAGGACUUCCAUGCCGCUCUCGAGAAAUACGAUUUCGAUUCUGAGAUGGGAACUAAGGUGAAAGGUACUGUGUUCUGUACGGAUGCCAAUGGAGCACUUGUUGACAUUACUGCCAAGUCAUCUGCAUACUUGCCAGUGCAGGAGGCUUGCAUUCACAGAAUAAAACAUGUAGAAGAAGCAGGAAUAUUUCCUGGUGUGAGAGAGGAGUUUGUUAUUAUUGGUGAGAAUGAAGCUGAUGAUAGCUUGGUUUUGAGCUUGAGAUCCAUUCAAUAUGACCUUGCUUGGGAGAGGUGCAGACAGCUUCAAGCAGAGGAUGUUGUUGUCAAGGGUAAGGUGGUUGACGCAAACAAAGGUGGAGUUGUGGCAGUUGUGGAAGGCCUAAGAGGGUUUGUUCCUUUCUCACAGAUAUCAUCGAAAUCAACUGCCGAAGAGCUUCUGAACAAGGAGCUUCCUCUGAAGUUUGUGGAAGUUGAUGAGGAACAAUCGAGGCUUGUCCUCAGUAACCGUAAGGCUAUGGCUGACAGCCAGGCGCAGCUUGGAAUUGGAUCAGUGGUUACCGGAACAGUUCAAAGCCUUAAACCUUAUGGUGCAUUCAUUGAUAUUGGUGGAAUCAAUGGUCUUCUCCAUGUUAGUCAGAUCAGUCAUGACCGGAUAUCAGAUAUUGCAACAGUUCUUCAGCCUGGGGACACUCUUAAGGUCAUGAUAUUGAGCCACGAUCGUGAGAGAGGCCGAGUUAGUCUCUCUACCAAGAAGCUAGAGCCCACUCCUGGUGACAUGAUUCGCAAUCCAAAGCUCGUGUUUGAGAAGGCCGAGGAGAUGGCACAAACCUUCAGGCAGAGGAUAGCUCAAGCAGAGGCAAUGGCACGUGCAGACAUGCUUAGGUUUCAGCCUGAGAGUGGAUUGACUUUGACUACUGAUGGAAUAUUGGGUCCAAUUACCCCAGAGUUGCCUGUAGAGGGUUUAGAUUUGAGUGAUGUUCCUCCAGCUGAAGAAUGAGGAAUUGAGGACUAGAUUUGGUUUGAUUAACACUGACAUGCCAAGUUAGAAAGAAUUUCUCGAUCACCUCAACCGUCUUCAGUUUGUAGAUGACGCACUUCUCAUCUCGAGCGACGACUUAGUAAGCUAAAAAAAUUAGAAAUGUAGCCCUUGCUAAAUAGAGUUGGAAGUUUAACUCGUUCACAAAGAAUGGAUCCCUAGAUGGAAAGGUUAUGUCAAGUUUAAAGAGUUUUGGACUUAUAUUGUUAUCUAAAAAUGUUGGCUAUGAAAUUUAAAAGUUCUCCAUCUAGAAA